AUGCGUAUCGGUUUAAAGUUUUUUUGGUUCGUAUUUGCUUUUCAUCUGUGCAAAGCGGAAGAUGUAGAGAGGACAGAUUCUAAAGACAAUGGGCGAAGGCAGCAAUGGGGUCCUGUGGUGAGGAGUGGGUCUUUUUUGAACGAUGCCGCUAUAACAGCUUCCAAUGAACAGAUUUUGUUCGAAGCGUGUCACAAUGAGCCAUCAUGCCUCCAGGAUCGUGCUGGUCUCGAGGCUAUCACCAUGCUACACAGGCAGCUAGAUGAUGACGCCAACGGGAAUGUUGACCUCAGCGAAAGUGAUGAUUUUCUUCGCGAGGAGUUGCAGUACGACAGUGGCUAUGAAAAGCGGCAGCGCGCCUUCCACCACAAUGAUGACAUGCACAUAUCGGUUAAGGAGCUGUGGGAGGCGUGGCUGAGAUCUGAGGUACGCAAUUGGACGGUGGAGCAAACAGUGGAAUGGCUUUCGCAAUCAGUGGACCUGCCGCAGUACAAGACGCUGUUUUUGCAACACAGAGUUACUGGCGCCACUUUGCCGAGAUUGGCUGUAAACAAUAUGCAGUACUUAAGCAAUGUACUUGGAAUCAAGGACCCCAAACACAAGCAGAAGCUGGUUCUCAAGGCCAUGGAUGUGGUGCUCUUUGGACCACCAAAAGGCAGCAGAUGGAAGGACUGGCUCCUCGCAUCCUUACUUCUGGGUGCAGUCGUCGGUGGAUGGGCAGCUUUGCGCGCCGGUCGUGCCAGCCGCUCCCAAGUCCAGAGGAUGUUGCGGGACAUGGAACAGUUGCGGAAGGCAGAGAUAACUCUCAACGAAUUGCAGGUGGAGUUAGAAAAGGCACGUUUAGAACAGGAAAGCGUAACGACGGAGAAAAAGAAUUUAGAAAAGAAGUUAAGAGAAGCAGGUGACACACCAUUGUUGAAUUCAGCCUCUUCAGAUUUGGAGGUGACACAGCUGAAAGCAGAAAUCGAGAUGCUACGAGCUGAACUACGUCGUGCUGAAGGUGAACUAGAAGACAGGUGCUGGGCACCUCCCCCAGGGCUACAACAAUGGCUUCAGUUAACCCAUGAAGUGGAGAACAGAUCGUAUUUACGCAAGAAGCAGCAAGCAGAUUUGCAGUUGCAGCAGGCGAGGGAAGCAUGCGAGAAACUACGCAAGAAGCGGUCGAGUUUAGUCGGCGCUUUCGUGUCUACUCACGGCAAGUCGAUCGAUGAUGUCGACCGGUCCAUUGUGGAGGCGCGUACAGCCCUCAGCGAGGUUACUCAUGAGUUACAGGAACGUAUGACCAGGUGGAAGCAAAUUGAGCGUCUGUGUGGUUUCAACAUUAUCAACAACAACGGCUUACAGUUCCUGGAGACCACGCUCUACAGGAAUGCUAACGGACGACCUACCGGACGAGGUCGCAUGAGCAGUUCACAGGAUGACCUGAGCAUCGGCGAUGACACAUCUUUGUGUGGUUCAGCUGCGGACAACUUUUUGUGGCGCGAAGACUCGUCAGGCAGUGAAGCUGACGCCCCACAUUAUCCUUUAGACCUGAGACUCGCUGAGGCUAGAUUACAAUUAGAACAGCGUCUCGCCCAGGAAGCCCGUGAGAGGUGGCAGGAUGACAAACAGGAUCGAUUCGAGCGACGAGCCGAAGAGAAACGAGCAGCUUUAGACGAGAGAAGGAUCAGAGCUUCUUACAAUGACUUACGUAAAAGCCCAGCUGUCGAACAGAACAGAGAUCAAGUCCAAUUCGUCCUAGGGGGCGAUAGUAACAGCUGGACAGGUGAAGCGGAGCUAACUCGCGCGAUACACUCGUCCUCCCAACCGACGUUACGCGCGUCCCUGCGGGGCGCGCCGCUCCCUCCGCCGCGGCGCGCGGGCCCGCUGGGCGGAGCGGGGAGUGCGGGGGGAAUCGCGGGGAGUGCGGGGGGCGGGGCGGGGAGCGCGGGGGGCGGGCCCGCUCCCAUGAUGCGCUCGCGCAGUACGGACGGCGUGGCGCUGGCGGCGCAGGCGCUGGACGACCCGCGACCUCCGCCUAGGACUCCUUUUAUUAAGCAGAAGACGCUCUCUGAGGACGUACCAACACCAUCGAGCAACACGCCUCCAGAGGAAGAAUCAACAGAUUCCUCGUUAAUGGAAGACGAAGGUAUUCCUAAACCUCGCAAGCGCCGCCUCCAUCUGCCAUUCGGCAAGAAGACCAAAACACCGGCGUGA